CUUGAUAAUUGGCAUGAAAAAGGCCAACGCCCAUACCACUCCUUAUAAAAUGCAAAGAGGACUUAGGAGAGCUGUGAGAAGAGUCCUACUGCUCAAGAAGACAUCAAGGCUGGACUACGAGAGGAGAAGAUACGCCCAAUACAAUGAAGAGAGUUUUAAAGCUAAACUGCUUUCAAUUGGUUCAGAUUAUGAUGGCCUCCUACUAAGGCAUGAGCAACAUGAAGACAGUGUUAACGAAGUACAUCAAUCACUGCUGUCAAGAGGUGUUGAAGUUCUUUUAAGACAGCGAGAGACGAUAACAAAAGAUGACAUAUCUUCAAGUGAUGUACUAAUAUCUGCAGGAGGCGAUGGUAACUUCCUAGCAGCUGCUUCACGUGUUCUGAGACCAGACAAACUCGUAAUCGGAAUCAACACUGACCCUGAAAAAUCAGAAGGUCAUUUAUGCAUUACACCAACAGCUGAGCAUUCAAUCAGUUCAAUCAUUGACUAUAUAAUGGAGAACAGAUUAAAUCUUAUCCAUCGUCAGAGGAUUCAUGUAUCCAUCAAUGGGGAGGGGCUACCAGUAUUAGCACUGAAUGAAGCGUUCAUUGGAGACACUGAUCCUUCACAAGUUAGUUAUUUUGAGUUGAUAUCUGAUGGAGGGGAGUGGCUAAAGACUCGUAAUUCCGGCAUGUUAGUGUAUACUGGAACUGGAUCUACUUCAUGGGCAUACAAUAUCAAUAAACUCUCUACAGCUGCUAUUAGCAGAUUGCUUGAGAUUGCAAAAUCAAGUGGAGCUGUUAGCUUUAAUGAAGAUCUUGACACCACAGUGGAAAAAAUUACGGCACUAUAUAACUCCAGUAAUGUAUUAAGUGGAAGUGAAGAUGGUUUCAUGUCAUACAUAAUCAGAGAACAGAUUGAAAGAGGUAUUACCAAUCCAACAAUUAGCCAGUCAGGGAUUUGCUCAAAGUUAAAGGUCAGGUCUCGUAGUUGGAAUAACAAGAUCAUCGUUGAUGGUCAGAGACUUUAUGAGUUUCCAAACGGUUCAGAAGCAACUUUCACUUUAGGAGACCAGUACAAAUUAUUAACAGCAUCAUUACCGAUAUAAUAAUUAAUAAUAAAUAUAAUUUAAAUUACAGUAUAUUUUUUAUUUGUACAUUUUACAAUUUUGAUUUUCAAAGCAACGGAAAUUAAAUUUAAGUUGCAUAGUUAAAAAAAUCUCCACAGAAUGGAUCACGGACAUUUGACAAAAAUGAUUUCAUCAGCAGAAAAGAUCAUUUGUUGAUUAAAAA